AUGGCUUCAAGCAACAGAUCCCUAGAGCAUGGAAACUCAAAAGAACAACCUCUGGUCGGUAAUUAUGUUGUAGGCGUGGAAAUCGGACGUGGUUCUUUUGCAACAGUAUAUAAAGGUUAUCAUAAGAAAACAAAACAACCCGUCGCUAUCAAGUCUGUAUUGCGUUCAAAAUUAACGGGGAAACUAUUGGAAAAUCUAGAGUCAGAAAUAACAAUCCUUAAGGGAAUUCGACACAUUCACAUUGUUCAAUUGGUUGACUGUCAGAAAUCGGAUGCGCAUAUACAUUUAAUCAUGGAAUAUUGUUCCAUGGGUGAUUUAUCGAAUUACAUAAAAAGACGCGGCGAUAUGAAUAAUAAAAACGCAGUAGCUGGGACGACAAUGUCUUCUGGUGGUUUAAACGAAUACGUGGUACUACACUUUUUGAAACAAUUAGCAAACGCGUUAGAAUUUUUACGAUCUCAGAAUCUAAUACAUCGAGACAUUAAGCCACAGAAUCUAUUGCUAGUGCCACCAUCUUCUAACAGAGAGACAAUAUCCUCAUAUGGGUCACCUGACCUUCCUCUUUUGAAAAUCGCCGAUUUCGGCUUCGCUCGAAUACUACCAUCUACAAGUAUGGCAGAAACAUUAUGUGGGUCGCCACUUUACAUGGCACCUGAAAUCCUGAGAUACGAAAAAUAUGACGCGAAAGCGGAUUUAUGGAGUGUAGGUGCAGUGUUAUAUGAGAUGAGUGUUGGUAGACCGCCAUUUCGUGCACAGAAUCAUGUUGAGUUGCUUCGAAAAAUAGAAAAAAAUGGCGAUAAGAUAAAAUUUCCAGGAGAUUCUCCUGUCGUGGUGCAACAGAAUGGUAGCAAUAGUACCCGACCAAGAAAUGGUGAUCGACAUUCUUCUAUAAAUAGUAAUAGCAAUAAUGAUCCUGAGGAACAAAUCAUAAUUAGCGAUGAUUUAAAGGAUCUAAUAAGACAAUUAUUGAAACGAAAUCCAGUUGAACGAAUAUCUUUCGAAGAAUUUUUUAUGCAUCCGUGUGUUGCUGGUGAGCUGCAACUACUAAAUCCUCCUUCAUCAUCCUCAACCACUUCAAAACCAAAGCUUUCUUCUUAUGAAUCUAAAAACAGAACAAAAAAUUAUGUGCGAACCAAUCAUGAUAUCGAAAAUAAUAACUACAAUAAUCACACUAAUCAGCAUAAUAUAAGAGACCGAUCGAGAUCUUCACCUGCCCCCUUAUAUAAAGAUGUGGAUAUGGGUGCUAAUCAUCAUCAGAAUAGAGGUCAUAAUAUACAUAAGACACGCAAUAAAGAUGUUGAGGGAUCGUCACCCAAAGGAAUCAUCGGUUUAGCCAUCACAGGACUCGAUGUACAACAGAAUGCUACUGAGUUACAGAAAAAAACAUCAAAAGAUAGAAUAAAAGCACAAAUAUAUCAACGCACCACUCGAUAUCCGCCUCCAAAUAAUGGACAUCUGGGAAAUGAGAAAUUUGAAUCAUCAAGAACCAACAAUCAUGAUUUUGAUGCCAAUUCACCAUCAGGUUCUUUGUUAAUACAAAAUUCAGAUAAAGAUGUAGAAACCUCCAAGAAACGUGGGGAUGUGGAUAUUCGACGAUUAAGUCGUGCCGAGGAUGAUGUGCUCCUUGAAAGAGAAUAUGUCGUGGUGGAAGAGAAAGGCACAAUAGAGGUUAAUGCACUCGCAGAUGAACUUGUUAUCUCGCCAAAUCUUAAUAAUGGAAUAGUAAUAAAAGACAUCACGAAAGAUGCCAAUAAUCACACAUUAGAUGAAAAAUCUCCUGAUAUGCAAUUUCGUACAAAUGUUCAAUUACCAAAUCCGUCAGCGGCCUACUUUUAUUCUGCUACACCUCCUUUUGCUCUGCCGGUUAAUCAUGAGAGAGGAAACUCUUCUAGUAGUAAUGGUAGUGCUUCGUCAGCUCUUGCUAAGGCUCUAUCUAUGGCUUCUGUACGUUUAUUUGGAAAUGGUGGUUCGCCACCUUCUUGGAGUGAUAGGUAUUCAAAAGCAAAGGGAAACUCUAUUGGAACUAGUGGUGAUGCUACAAGCGAUUCCGAAGAGGAAACUGUUGUUAAGAUUAUUGAGGAUGCAGCGAGAAAAGCUUAUGUGGUUUAUCAGUUUGCCGAUAGUAAAUAUUACCAACUGUUACCACCACCACCUUCUGCUAGCAAUGAUAUAGUGGAUACUACUCCUCUUAAUGCAGGAGCCGCUGUUGUUUUAGCAGAAGAAGCAUUGGUUCUUUAUGUGAAAGCGCUUUCUUUAUUGAAGGCAGCAAUGGAUAACGCCAAGCAAUACUGGGCUGGUAUCGGUAAUCGAAAAGCUGAUUAUCCUGGUAUGAAAGUUGCUUCCCAUAAAUUGAAUAAUGAUAAAGCCGAAUAUGCCAAAUCUAAAUGUCAAACAGAAGACGAACGGGGCGUUGGAGCCGUCCCGGAGAAAUUAUUGUAUGAUCGUGCUUUGGAAAUGAGUCGUCAAGCUGCCCUUGACGAACUAGAAAAUGACGACCUGCUUGGCUGUGAACGAGCUUAUCAGACGGCCAUUUUAAUGCUUAAUGCCAUAUUAGAUAGCCCUCAAGACGAGCAAGAUAACAUGGAUGAAGAUGAUAGACGAAUAGUAAACAAAUUUAUUUUAUCUAUAACCAACCGUCUUAAUUCACUACAAAAAAAAAUCGCACGUCCUGAAGCUAGAAUUCCUACAAGCUCUCAAGGAAGUUUCGGUUAA